AUGUCGUCUGAUUUGAGCAGAUACAGGACGGUCUCGAGAACACAGGCCGGCGGUCGCGAGCCUAUUUGCGGCAGGUCCAUGAUGUGCAGCGGUGGCAGAUGCAACUUCUCCUCGGGCACGUCCAGACGCACCGGCUCGGUUUCGACGUAUUGUUUGGGCGACAAAAAGUCGAGGGGAGAGCAGAUCCCGCUCUGGCUCGCGACGCUGCUCAAAAAACAGGAGAAAUGCAACAUCGUGGUGCCCGAGUGGCUUUCCGUGGAGUAUCUGCGCGUGCGCUACGACGAGGAGAUCAAGUUCCCGAGCAAGUUUUCGAAUCUGCCGUGGCACUGGCUGCCCAUAGCGAAAAAACUGCUCGACUACGCGUCCGACGACUUCAUCGACCCGCCGCACGAGAUCCGGUCCUUGCUCCAGGACCUGCGCGAGGUCCGGCUCGUCAAGGCCAGAAAGGGAAUCAGAGAGCUCAAUCACGUGUAUAUCCAGCUGGACGGACUCUCGCUGAUGGAGAUCAACGAGAUGCGGCCGUUUAUUUUAGAGGUGAUGGAUCAGCUACGGAAAAUGAACGACAGUCUCAAAGUCAAGGCCGAGGAGGAAACGCCGCGCCAGGCGGCCGCACAGAUGGACCGCGACGACGAGAGCGACGACGAUAUAUAUCAGAAAGAGUGA